ACUCGGAGAUCGCGGCCUACACCCAGCGCGGACAUUUUAACCCGGUUUUAUCGCCUGUUUUUACACUUUGUCCGAUUACUACAAUGGCAAUCCGUCGGGCUGGAGCUCUGGCUAUUUCCCAUGAAGCUGAUAAUGCCUUUGCAGGUGUAGUGAGGGCCAAAACACAGAUAAAUGGCAAAAGAGCCGCACUGGGGGAGAUCGGUAACAAGGUGACAGUGCGUGGAAAGCCAGCAGUUAAGACCUCUAAUGCUGUAGUGAAGACUUCAAGAUCUGUAACCACUAAAGUAGUGACUGUGAAGCCAAAGGCUGCUCCUGUUCUACCAACUGUAGUAGAAGCUCCCCCAAAAGAAUGUUCUCCCAUCACUAUGGAUGUUUCCAUGAAAGAGGAGGAACUGUGUCAAGCAUUCUCUGCUGCUCUGAACAAGGUGGAGGAUAUUGAUGCUGAAGAUGGUGACAACCCACAGCUCUGCAGUGAAUAUGUGAUGGACAUCUACAAGUACCUGAGACAACUGGAGAUGCAGCAGGCCAUACAUCCAAGGUACCUUGAUGGCAAAGAAGUGAAUGAACGCAUGCGUUCAAUCUUGGUGGACUGGCUUGUCAGUGUUCACUGUAGAUUCCAGCUUCUUCAGGAGACCCUGUAUAUGGGGAUUGCAAUCAUGGACCGCUUCUUACAAGUUCAACCUGUGUCCCGAACCAAACUCCAGCUUGUUGGUGUGACCUCUCUCCUUGUGGCUUCCAAAUAUGAAGAAAUGUACUCGCCAGAGGUUGCUGAUUUUGUGUAUAUAACUGAUAAUGCCUAUACUACAUCUCAAAUCCGGGAAAUGGAAAUGAUUAUACUUCGAGAGCUUCGUUUUGACCUUGGGCGUCCUCUGCCUCUUCACUUUCUGAGACGUGCCUCAAAAUCCUGUAGUGCUGAUGCAGAGCAACACACACUUGCCAAAUACCUGAUGGAGCUUACACUAAUUGACUAUGACAUGGUACACUUCCAUCCUUCAGGAAUAGCAGCUGCUGCCUUGUGCCUGUCCCAAAAAAUUAUUGGCCAAGGAAGCUGGAGUCCUACCCAACAGCACUAUACCGGCUACACAGAAGAAGACUUGCAACUCAUAAUGCAGCACAUGGCUAAGAAUGUAGUUAAAGUAAACACCAACAAAACAAAGCAUGUGGCUGUGCGGGACAAGUAUGCAAGCAGCAAACUAAUGAGGAUCAGCACCAUUCCUCAACUAAUGUCUUCACUCGUCACAAACCUUGCAAGUCAAGCUUCACACUAAUCCCUCCCUCGAGCAGCAACAACUCACAUUUUGCACUUUUAUUAAAUGCCACUGGUGGCACAAAUGCUGCUGUUCCUGUAAAUAUGUCCUGUUUUUAACAUACUGUAAGCAUGAGAUGCUGCAGCUUCUGUUGU